CUAGAAGAGAACGAUAUCGGAUUCCCAUUGCAUCACCUGUGAACAUUUCGCAGGUAAAAAUAGCAACCCCCCUCCCCCGUGGAACCUAGAAGCCUGCAAGAGCCAGUCCAUAUCGGCGCAGAGAGAGAAAGAAGGUAGGAAGGUAUAUUAGGAUGCAGCGAUCCGUUGCGCUCACGCUCCUCUUCGGCCUGGGUCUGAGCCUGGCUCAGGACCAGGGCGCUUACAUCUUUGAUCUGCCUAACUAUGACGAGACCGGGGCGUGGAGCUUCAGGAAUCAGUAUUGCACGGACUUUGACGCCGGUUGUGACCCGUACAUCGGGGACGAUGUCAUCUCCAGCGCUUGCGUCACCGGAGUUUGGAUAUUCUAUAGCGAAGCCUACUACAACAGUGAUAAUUUUGGAGGAGUGGAAUGGAUCCACGGAGACGACUUCUGCUACAACCUGGGGACGACAAACAACCAAGUCACCUCUCUCAGGUAUGCAGGCGAUGCGAACGAAUGGAAGCUCGAUUCCAUCACGCUCUUCCAGUUUGAUCUGUUCUUCGGGUCGGAAUACUACGAGUGGGCGGACACGACCGAUGUGCAAGGGAUGCCCGCUGUGGGGUCCAUCAUCAUCAUAGGUCACAAUUAUUGGACCAUAUACUCGUCGACGAAUUUCAGCGGGGACCGAGUCUGCCUCGGGGUCCAGCUGGGAGAAUUCGUGGGGUUCGCUGCGGAUCUGAACGAGUACGCUGGAAAGGUUGGCUCGUCGGCGAACGAUCGGGCCGACCGAGCCCCACUCGUGCCAUCGUUCCCCCAUCCAUCGGCCUUGCAGAAGUGGCAGAAGUACUGCUGGCCCGACGUGGAACGUACGCAAGUUGAACCACGCAAAAAGUCUCGGGCAAACCAUCUCACAGCCAUCCGAACGGUUUCCAAACCGGUCCAAGAGGAAGACAAUGGAACUCGUACUAUCGUAGACUCCUCCCUCUGGAGUAUCCCAGCCCAGGGAUACUCCAGGCAAUUCCGACCCGGUUCUUGGAAGGCUGGUUCAUCGAUGGUACAUAUGAAGGGCACGGAAGCCACAGCUGGCUCGACGAACCGGAAACGCCCGACCAUGAGCAGGCUUCAGCAAACCACUCGCCAACCAUUUGCCACCGACUGCCCAUCCAUGGCUCACGCACAUGUCAACUAAGAGGCACUGAUUAAAAAAUGUGAUUAAAAAAAAGUGAUUAAAAAAAAGCAGAC